CAUUUGCUCUAGUUAGUGAGUACAUGUUUCUCCCCCACUCCCCUUUAUGUUAAGCAAAAGUUAAAAUAAGUAUCUCUUAUAUGAUGGGUUCCUGUUUCCCGGCUGUCUGGGACGAGGUCGUCCUGACCUGCUCGCACAGUGUCAGUUCCUGAUUUCUCCCAACUGUUUGGUGAGAUCACGCCCUCCUGCCGGCCCAGUAUCAGUUCCUGUAUCUGUUGGCUGCAUUAUUUUAGAAGCUGCAUUAUUAUAAAAUCAACCAGCUGCAUUAUUGUAGAAUUAACCCCUCACCGGUAAUUUUAGCAGCCAAGGCGGGGGAUUGGCAAAUUUUUGUGAUCUGGGGGUGGGUCCAGGCAUUUACACCAAGGGGGGGAUACUUUUAUUUGCUCAGUCACCUGUGCCAGAUGAUUUCUAUUUCAGGUGCUAAUUAUAAGGGACUCGUUAGUACAAGUGAUUCUGAAUCGCAUUAACGUCAGUUUCCAGCGCACCUGUGAGUGUCGCACUCGACGGCUGGGCGGGUUAAGGCGCUUUACAAAACAAUAUUUACUGCAAACGAAGUCGUUUUGGUACAACUUUAACGGUAGUUUCCGUGGGUAGACGCGGACAAACAGAUCACUGUUUAUACGGGAUGACAGUGGCAUUAGAGGAUUACAAGAUCGCAUUCUGACGCCCGUCAUGAACCCCCACUUGGUCUUCUUCGACCUGGAAACCACGGGACUAGGGCCCAGGUGUGAUAUGGUCCAGCUGGCUGCAGUGAGUGGCGGGCACAGCUUCAACCUCUACAUGGUUCCUCGCUGCAGGAUGCAGAGCGGGGCAUCUGCAGUGACCGGUCUCCGCGUCAGGCGGCGUUGCCUCUACAUGCAUAAUGUCCCCGUUCCCACAAACACCCACCAGGAGGUGCUGACGGCUUUCCUCGCCUUCCUGCGGAUGCUGGACCGCCCCCUCCUCAUUGGCCACAACAUCAGGAAAUUUGACUGCCCUGUGCUCUACAGGGCCCUAGAGGAGUUCCAAUUGAGCUCUGAGUUCCAGCGUAGCGUCUCUGGCUUCCUCGACACUCUUCCCCUGGCCCGAGACCUCCUAGGUGACCGUGGUCUCCAGAGCUACCGGCAGGAGAGCCUGGUGAAGGCCGUCCUGGGCGCCCGCUAUGCCGCACAUGACGCCCUGGAGGAUGUUCGAGCCCUACAAUGCCUCUAUUCGGCUCUCCAGCCCACAGCUGAGCAGGCCCUCCGUCACACCUUCACCCUGCCCGUUAUGGAGCCAGGAGCAGCCAGCCAAGUGAAGCGGCACUGCAGGCAUCCAGGACAGCGCCCCCUGUGGUGUUAUUUGAGGCCAAUGGCACAGGCGUCCCCUGAGGCUGCAGGGCAGAGCCUGGUAGCCAAGGCUAUUUAAGAAUUUUAAUAUUAAAAAGGCUAAGAUUCUAUACAAUCCAUCAAAGGUGAAAAUAUUUGGUUUCUGUUAUUGUGCAACAUGGCAAUGAACCAUUAAAAAUGGAAAGAGAUUUCUAGCCUGAAUAAAAUGCCCUUUUAAGUAAGUUAUAUAUAAUAAAGUCAAUUUAGUUACUACGUAUUCAUUUGGUUACGCUGGAGUGAAAUCUUACACUACACCCUUCUGGCCUGCAGAGGGUGCUAGAAACUGUACAAAUUGGCUAAAAUGUAGUACGUCCGUGACACUGUGUGUGUGCGUGUUUGUGUAUAAAUUUUAAAUAAAGCAGGAUUCAGUGGUA